AUGGUGCUUGCAUUAAUCGAGAUCGUUGACAACAUUAAAUGUGUUGCGAAAGGUGUUUCUCGGCUCGGGAAAAAGUGCACGGAUCCGGUUUAUCGUAAUCUUGAUCAUGUUUUCGAUAAUCCGAUCGAGAUUGACGGUAAUUGGUGCGGGUGGGAGUAUAAGUUGAAGAAAAUGGAGAAACGGGUUAAGAAAAUGAAGAGAUUCGCAGCUGUUACGUUACAGUUAUGCGAAGAACUCGAAGUGUUAUCCGAGCUCGAGAAUGGUUUAAAACGAUUGCAAGAUAACAACUCAAAUCAAAUGAAGUUAAACGAAUUUGAGAAGAAAGUCGCGUGGCAACGCGAAGAAGUCAACGGUUUGCGAGAAAUGUCUGCAUGGGUUCGUACGUAUGACUACACUGUCAGGUUACUCUUAAGAUCGCUUUUCACAAUAGUCGAACGGGUGAAGGUUGUUUUCGGAAUUUCAACCAAGUUCGUUACCCCGGGAGUAAACGAUUUCCACGAUGGACGACGUUUGAUUCGUAGUACUUCCAUUACUGCCCUUUCGAGUUAUCCGGCUAAAAACUCGAUUCAUAGAUCAUUAUCGAAUCUCGGAUACGAACAAAGAAAGAGUCUUCAUAUGCACCAUCGUUCAAGUGUCUUUUGUGGGACCCAAACGCCAGUGACGACAAAAAGUUUGACCCAAAUCGGACUUUUGAAAAAAUGCAUGACACCUGAUCUUGACUCGCCAAAAGUCAACGCGACAAUUGAAAACGCCGUUAACAUCGUAUUAAUUCCCCAUAAAGGAUUACCAAAGGGUCAAAACGGUCGAAAACCGACCCUUGGUGAUGCGGCUUUAGCUCUUCAUUACGCAAACGUAAUCAUAUUUAUCGAGCGGUUAGCUAUAUCGCCUCACUUCAUUAGCCCCGAGUCACGUGAAGAUUUAUAUCACAUGUUAACCACAAGUAUUAAGAAGUCACUUAGAGAAAAACUUAGUUUUGAGUCUACGAACGAUUAUAAUCGCGAUGUUGCAUACGAUUGGAGUUCGUCGAUGCAAAUAACACUCGAAUGGUUGGUACCGCUCGCUCAAAACAUGAUCAAAUGGCAUUCUGAGAGGAAUUUUGAGAAGCAGGGUAUGGGUUCUGGAGGAAAUGUGCUUUUGGUGAAUACUUUGCAUUAUGCGGAUCAAGAAAAAAGUGAACAUGCGAUUAUGGAUCUUGUUUUGGGUCUUCAUUAUGUUUCGAGAUUUGGUAGAGAGAUUAAUAGUAAAGCUUUUGUGGGGUCUACUUGUGAUACGAGUUGUGAUGAUUAUUUGUUUCAUGAUAAUAUUGUAUGA